UUUUAUGAAAACUGGAACUUUCGAUUAAAAGCCAUUGCCGUGGCGAAGGAACCUUCACGAUUUUCUUCUUCCCAAUAUUUGGGUUUGUAUUUUCCAAGGAGUUCUUGGAAGGGCCUUGGGCCGAUCCAUUGAGGCGUGGCCGAAAUAAAGGAAACCGUCGCAGCAGAAUCAGACUCGUUUUUAAUUUUCUUCUUUAAAAAAAAAAAAUCGGUGUCGCCGCGGAAAAGAUGAUAGUGGCGGUUCGGGAGAAUUGGCUAGCACGCGCUCCGGCGAUCCCUCUGACGGCAGUUCGCGGCUCUGUUCGCCGGAAUCCAUCGAGUCGACUCGGCUUUUUACUCUCCAAUGGGCCGUCUCGUGGUGUGGCUCUGGUUGGUCAAGCGGUUCAUGGAGAGAAGUCUCAGCCCUAUGAAGUUCUUCCCACUGGUAAAAGAGCUUACAUAGAUGAAGCAGAUGUUGUCACAUUUCUUGAUCCUCCUAAGGAAUUGAUUCCAUUGGAUCCUGCUUCAUAUAACCCAGCUGCUUAUCUUUGGAAAAAGAUUGAAGAUAUCCCUGAAGAGAGGCGCCACCGUUUGCUGCAACUGCUAGAGCCUAGGCUUAUAUCAAGAGCUUGGCAGAUAUCGAGCGCACGAUAUGAAGAUCCAAAGUUGGCGAAGAAGACUUCGUCGAAGUUGCUCUCUGCCGAAAGCUCUGAAACUUCGCUUGAAUACUUUAACUGCCGAACAAGUCAGGGCCCAUUCACCAUAUCUUGGAUAAAUUCCUUCAGGAUGGCUGUGUUUCGUUCGAACAGCGGCAGAAUUUUCGGGCGAAUCAGUGGUGGGGCUCUAGUUUCAAGCUUGAGCCCCUUAUACUUCAAGGUCACAGACGACGCUAGGGAAGUGAUGUCCACUGAGGAGCCUUGCGAUGUGGCGUUAGAGUUUGGGGAUGGGCUGCUUGGCGUUGAAGAACAUCACCCUCAAGGCUUUCCUCAACCACGGAAGCAUCCAUAUCCAUUCAGCGACAAUGUUGUGAUAUACGUUCGGCAUAUAGGCCCUGGUGUCUGCGUGGGGCAAGCUUGGCAAGAAGGUGUACAACUUCAUCAGCUUCCUCGCAAACUCUCUGCUGACAUUUUAUUCGUCAAACAAUUCACUUGACUUUUGAGAUUAGGUUUUCCUGUAACUUGUUUUACAAGCUUCAGAUGGAAAGUGGAGAUCCCCUUUGUUUCUGUUU